UCCCCGCAGCGCGGCCCCGCGCGGCCAAGUUGAGCGAAAAGUUUGAGGCCAGAGGCGGCGCAGCCGUGGAGUCCGCGUUUAUCCCGCGCCACGGUUGUGCCUCAGACUCGGGCUGAGCCCGGGACGAGCUGCGUUCCGCUCUAGGCCACUGUAGGGAACCGAGGUGGCCCCUCCCCAGCAAACCGGACAGACUGGAUCCGGCAGCCGGAGGGAAUGAUGCGGGGGCCCCCGCAGCCCGGGCUCCGGGCAGGGAGGGCGAGCCCCACAGCCGGCACCGCGACGCCCGCCUGGGCGACACCGAUAAGGAGCUGAAGGCAGGAGCCACCGCCGAGGGCAGCGCCCCGACGGCGCUGGGGAGCCCUAGGCUGCGGGAGCCGCGGGUCGAGGUUAUGGAUCCAGCCGGCGGCCCCCAGAACCUGCUCCCCCGGCCCUGCCGCGUGCUCGUGCUGCUCAACCCGCGCGGCGGCAAGGGCAAGGCCCUGCAGCUCUUCCGGAGCCACGUGCAGCCCCUGCUGGCGCAGGCCGACGUCUCCUUCAGGCUCCUGCUCACGGAACGGAGGAACCACGCCCGCGAGCUGGUGCGCGCGGAGGAGCUGGGCCGCUGGGACGCGCUGGUGGUCAUGUCCGGAGACGGGCUGAUGCACGAGGUGGUGAACGGGCUUAUGGAGAGGCCCGACUGGGAGACCGCCAUCCGGAAGCCCCUGUGUAGCCUCCCAGCCGGUUCUGGCAAUGCGCUCGCAGCUUCUUUGAACCAUUACGCGGGCUACCAGCAGGUGACUAACGAAGACCUCCUGAACAACUGCACGCUUCUGCUGUGCCGCCGGCGCCUGGCUCCCAUGAACCUGCUGUCGCUGCAGAUGGUCUCCGGGCUGCGGGUCUUCUCCGUGCUCAGCCUGGCCUGGGGCUUCAUUGCUGAUGUGGACAUCGAGAGUGAGAAGUUCCGGCGCCUGGGGGAGAUGCGCUUCACUCUGGGCACCAUCCUGCGCCUGGCAGCGCUGCGGGUCUACCAGGGCCGCCUGGCCUACCUCCCCGCCGAACGGGUGGUCUCCAAGGUGCCCGCCUCCCCUGCUCUGGACCGGCGGGACCGGCAGGGCCCUGUGGACGCCCACCUCGUGCCCCUGGAGGAGCCAGUGCCCGCUCACUGGACUGUGGUGCCAGAGCAGGACUUUGUGCUGGUGCUGGCGCUGCUGCACUCACACCUGGGCAGCGAGAUGUUUGCUGCACCCAUGGGCCACCGUGCGGCUGGCGCCAUGCAUCUGUUCUACGUGCGGGCGGGCGUGUCUCGGGCCAUGCUGCUGCGCCUCUUCCUGGCCAUGGAGAAGGGCAGGCACAUGGAGUGUGACUGUCCCUACUUGGUGUAUGUGCCUGUGGUUGCCUUCCGCCUGGAGCCCAAGGAUGGGAAAGGGAUGUUUGCUGUGGACGGGGAGUUGAUGGUCAGUGAGGCUGUGCAGGGCCAGGUGCACCCAAACUACUUCUGGAUGGUCAGUGACCGCAUGGAGCCUUCAUCCCCUAUGGGGCCACAGCUGCCGCCCCCCAGCCGGAAGUCUCAGCAGACGCCACCUCCAGAAGAUCCCUUGUGACUCCUUGGGCCUUGCUGUGCCUUACUCUGUCUGCUUAGUGUAAUCUGAGCUCAGGACCCUCCCUCCUUCCCCCAGGACUGUCUGCCUGUCCCAGCUCCCAUAGGGAUGAAGACCUGGCCUGUGGGUAGAGGCUGUGCUUUGGAAGGACCUGCUCUGCCCACCAAAGGCCAGAGUGAGGCCAUGGGCCAGGAGCCCAGCUGGUUGGGCCCCACUGUCUGUGGAAACCACCCCAUUGUUCUGGGAGCCCCACCCUAUUAAUGAAAUCCAAAUAAAGUGACAUUCCCAGUC